CAGAGGGGCCGCCAUGGCAGCUCGCCCCGGGCAGAGGGCCCUGGCCGAGUUGGUCGCUAGGUGCUGUGCGCAGCCCACAGCAGCGACCCGAGGGCCGGCCCCCGUGAAGAGGCCUGCGCGGAGCACCAGAGUCCUCUGCUUCCGGCCGGACUGAGUGAAAGCAGUGCAUACGUUGAAGGACACAACCUGCAGUCAUUGUACCUUUUGGAAGAUCAGAAUCUGGUGCCCAAUUCCAGUUCACUGGUAUUAAAAAGUAUUUCAACUCUUACAGACACUCAGCUCCCUGCGGCAUACUGAUGAGCAGAACGCUUCCGCUACGUACCUCAGUUGUGCCCAAGGAUAUAUAUGCAAGAACUUUCUUCAAAAUUACUGCGCCAUUAAUAAAUAAAAGAAAAGAAUACUCGGAGAGGAGAAUUGUUGGAUAUUCUAUGCAGGAAAUGUAUGCUGUAGUAUCGGAAAUGGAAGACUACAAGCAUUUUGUUCCUUGGUGUAAAAAAUCUGAUAUAAUAUCAAGGAGAUCCGGAUACUGUAAAACACGAUUAGAAAUUGGGUUCCCACCUGUACUGGAGCACUAUACAUCAGUAGUAACCUUAGUGAAACCACAUUUGGUAAAGGCAUCCUGUACUGAUGGGAAGCUUUUCAACCACUUAGAGACUGUUUGGCGUUUUAGCCCAGGUCUUCCUGGUUACCCAAGAACCUGCACAUUGGACUUUUCAAUUUCUUUUGAAUUUCGCUCACUUCUACACUCUCAGCUUGCCACAAUGUUUUUUGAUGAAGUCGUGAAGCAGAUGGUAGCUGCCUUUGAAAGAAGAGCCUGUAAGCUGUAUGGUCCAGAAACAAAUAUACCUAGGGAAUUAAUGUUUCAUGAAGUUCAUCACACAUAAUGGAAAAAAAGAACUGGUCAUCGAUUCAUAUCUUUAAUUCACUUUUAGGAAGUGCUUUCAUCAUUCACCUGAAGGCAUCAGAAAGGAUUUUUAAAUUUGGCUUUUAUAAUAAAAUUGAUACUUUGCACCACUAAAAAAUUGUAUCUGAGAUAUGGAAUCAUAUGUGCAUAAAAUUCAAUCAAGUAGGGGUCAGGAGGUAACGCAGCAGGUUAAGUGCACGUAGCGCAAAAGUGCAAGGACCAGCCUAAGGAUCCCAGUUCAAGCUCCCUGUAGGGAGGUCGCUUCACAAGCAGUGAAGCAGGUCUGCAGGUGUCUGUCUUUGUCUCCCCUUCUCUAUCUUCCCCUCCUCUAUUUCUCUCUGUCCUAUCCAAAACAACAUCAAUAACAAUAAUAGCCAAAACAAUGAUAAGACAACGAGGGCAACAAAAGGGGAAAAAAUAGCCUCUAGGAGCAGUGGAUUCAUGGUGCAGGCACCGAGCCCCAGCAAUAACCCUGGAGGCCAAAAAAAAUUCAAUCAAGUAAUUUAAAAUAUGCACAUUGACAUAUUUACAGGAAUGGUAUUGUUAGUAUUAUCUCUGACAUCUGAUAUCACUCUGAGCAGAAAUUGAAACUAAAAUUAAAUAUUUUAAUUUCAUCUUACCUGAAAGAAGUUAGUUGAGAUACCAUACUGUAUUAUAUUAACCCCACCACAUUUAACUUAUUAAAUCCAGACUAUUUAUAACUUGUUAUAAGGCCUUUAAAGCCUUUGACUUUUAAAUAUCAUUAGUGAAGCUUUCCUGACUUUUUUUUUUUUUUCAAAUUAUUAAGGCUGGUGGUAGAAAGGUCAGUGUUGUAGUGGGGUUAGUGCUCAGGUAAAUCUUCAAAUCUUCGUUCAAAUCAGUGAAGAUUUUGGCAGUGGCGCAGUGAAGGGCUCACAUUACUGUGUACAAGGACUCAGGUUCAAGCCCCUGGUCCCCACCUACAUGGGGAAAACUUCAUGAGUGGUGAAGCAGAGCUUCCAGUAUCUCUCUGUCUCUCUCCCUUUCUAUUCCCCUCUCCCCUAUCAAUUUCUGUCUAUCCAAUAAAUAAUUUCCUUUUAAAGUGAACAUUUUUUGCCAAGUGGUCCAGAUGUUUAAGGUCCUUUUCUAGUAGUUGCAACCUUUUCCAAGUAUUUUAACUGGUCUUUCAGUAAUGCUGAUUGUAGGUUUGAUUUUUGUCUACAACAGUGGGCAGCAGAUAGAGAAAUAAGUUGUUUGAAAUAAGUUGGUUGAUAGAUCUUAAGCUCCAUGCAUCCGUUUUGUAUUUAUUGUGUGUGCUCACUUCCAAUAAUGUAUUUCAAACAAAUGUUUUUGUGUUUAAAAAAAAAAAAAAAUCAAUGUAAGGACAGAACUAGCAACUUAAUAAAGUUAAAUUUUUAACAUUA